AUGGGGAAGCAGAAGUGGUCGGUUCUAGGCCCUUUGAAGAGGACUGUCAAGAAAAUAAACUUUCUACUUAACUUCAGAAAAUGGAGAUUGGCUUCAUCAAUUCUUUGGAAUGCUUCUUCUUCUUCCUCCUCUGGAACUAUAAGAAGGUUGAGCUUUAAUGAUCGAAUUGGCUUACAUGGGGUAAUUGAAGAUGUUGAAUCAGAUCAUCAAAGCAAGCCGGUUCGAGCUCUUGAAAGGGUAAGAAGUCAUGAUGGGUCAUCAUCAGAUGAUGAUGUUGACAAGAGGGCUGAGAUUUUUAUUACUAAUUUUCGACGGCAGCUGUUGAUGGAAAGGCAGGUUUCUUUGCAGCUGAGGUACUACAGAGGGAAUAGUUUUGGAAGGGAUUAUUGA